GGAACAUAUUUAUUCUGUUACCCACCCAUUUCAUCGCCUCACAGCAUUUUUCACCAUGUAACGGGACAAGAAUUUCGAUUGUUCGAAAAUAAAAAGAUUUUCAAUCUUAAAAUCUCGAAAUUCCGAUCGAUCUAUCUCUCUAUCUGUCGGUCUAUCUACCUCUUUUCUCUAUCGUGCGUGCCGUCAUGUUGCUCCACCUCGAGGUCUCGGAAGAGAUCGUUCGACCGCCAGCAGGUUUCGCGGACUCCCCGGAAGGGUACAGGGCGUCCUCGAAGCAUGUAUCCGGGCACAGGCUCUACAAGAAGUUCGACAAGAGGUAUCGAUCGGAGGAUCGAGGCGACAGAAGGCACCGACGCGGGAGCAGAUCGGACGUUAGGGCGAAAUCGGAAGAAAGAGCUGCCCCCAGACGAGGAAGCAGAGGAUCCAUCGACGAAACCGCUGCGGGCAGGAAGAGGCUUCAAGCCAGAAGCACGGAUAUCAGUUUGGAAAUUCUCACAGGUCGCGAAGACGAGGACAGCUACGUGGAGCCGUACACGAGCAGCGAAUGGAUUUACAUCGGCGACCUCGAGGAAAGCCAUGCGUGGAGGAGGCCAGACAACAGAGACGGCGGCGAGGAGGUUCCGGAAAGUAUCGUCAAAGAGAGGAGAAGUUCUCAGGAAUCGACGGAAAGCGAGAGAAACUUUCGGAAGAAGUAUCAGGCGGCGACGCACAGGAUGGUGCAUCGAAAAAGCAGCGGGGAAAUGUAUAAAAGGAUACAGACUAAUAGUUUCGAAAGCGACAAGAGAGUUGUAGUGAAACGCGAAGCUGGCGGCGAGUUCGGGUUCCGUAUACACGGCUCGAAACCAGUGGUGGUGUCCGCCAUCGAACCUGACACCCCAGCGGAGAGCUCCGGUCUCGAAAUCGGCGACAUUGUGAUGUCGGUGAACGGCAAAAGUGUCAUGGACGCGACGCACUCGGAAGUCGUCAGGCUCGCGCACUCUGGCACCGACGUUCUUGAACUCGAAGUCGCGAGAACCUGCAACGUAUUGGCACCGAAAGUCGCCAGGCCAGGGGCGAAGGAAGGCCCUCAGGAAGUGCCGCUCUGUUCUGGAUACCUCUGGAGGAAAUCUGCUACGUCCUCGAACACGGACAAGUGGGUUCGAAGAUGGUUUGCUCUGCGUCGCGACAACUGCUUCUACUACUAUAAGACUGACGCGGAUUCACAGCCAGUGGGGGCGGUAAUGCUGAUAAAAUACGACGUGGAGCAAACGCCUGAACUGAGGUUACACAGUUUCGCGAUAAAGAAACAAGGUGCACCGACGCUUCGACUCGCGGCGGACACCGAGGAAGCUGCGAUCCGAUGGAUGACCGUCAUUAAGGAAGCCAUCGAAAGAAACGAUCAGGUCGACACCUGGCUCGAGGCGUCGUUGAGAAUGCGUGAAAUGGCAGCGUGCGCCAUUCAGAGACCAGAUUGCUUCGGAUACCUCAGCAAGCAGCAAGAGCACGCGAGAAAAACAUCCUCGCCGACUGGCUGGUCCAACCGAUAUUGCGUGCUGAAAGACGCCGCGUUGUAUUUCUACGACGACGUCAACGCGGAGAAGGCAUUCGGCGUCGCUUGUCUUCACGGCUUCAGGGUGCACGGCAGCGCGCCCACUUCCGGUGGAAGGAAGCACUCGUUCGAGCUACAGCCACCCGAUCCCACGCAAAGGAGCUACAUAUUCGCCACAGAAUCCGAAAUGGACAAAAAACGGUGGCUAGCAGCUCUGGAAUAUUCGAUCGAUCGAUGGAUAAAGAUUGGUUGACAAAGGCCAAUCCACCGCACGAGGAGGCAAAGAAGUCGAAGCAGCGAAGAUCCAUUAAGGUGUCCUUCGCCUCUUCCUGUUUCCGGUUCCUAACGAACAUUGUCGCAGAUCACAAACUCACCAACCAUUGUCAUCGUCGUCUCGAUUGUCGCGCGCAAAUUCAUCAUGUGGAUCAUGUCGCAAAUACUCUUCAAAUUCGCGAUUCUUCGAAAGUCUUGACACUUUUAACAUCAGCCACAAUCGCUCCCAGAUACCUUACUUUCUCAACACGCACUCUUAAAAAUAAGUUGCCAAAACCGUCGAGUUGUACAGCUUCUACGUACUUUAUCUUUUUGCAACAAAUUUCACAGAAUUUGAACACAGAACUAAACCAAAUCCAUUGUCACCGAUAACGUUAGAUUAUGGUCACAGGACCCACGAUUACUCGUAUAUAAGUUUUGUACAGUUUUCUGACACGAUUCUACGAUUCCCUCUCUCUGGUCUCGAGUUUUGUUAAAUUUUGUCUUCUAACUGUCGAUCUAUCUCUAAUUCAAACGCAUUUCGUCGAUCUCGUUGUUGCAGAUGAUUCUAAUCCCCGAUUCGUCCAUUUUAUCAGGCUCGGUGUCGCUAACACACAUUUACGAUACUCGCUAGUUAUCAGAGGCGUUCUAUUUAUUAGAGUUUAAAUACUGGAGAUACGAUCAACGCUUCGAGCAACGUUUCUCAAACGUGGUCAAUGAAUUGUGAGAACAAAAAAAUAGGGACUCGAAGGUGACGAGAAAGCGAUGAAAUAGUUUACUCUUGCCUUUAGAAAUUGAGAAACAGUGCUUCGAGUAGUUAGCUCCGGUAUCAAGUCAGACACAGAUGUUAGUACACCCCCGUUGUAAUCCCGAACUCGUGCUCGCCAUUUAGUAACGAUUGUAAACGACUCGACUUUUGGAUUCGGUUUUUAUACAAGUGUAACGACAUCGCAUACUUUAUUGAUACGCAGGAAUUGAAAUCUUAUUCGUACGUAACGAGCGUCGAACAUCAAAAGCGAGAAUGAGCAUUGUUUAUUCACCGAUUGUGUCUUGUAUUAAUUAGAAAGAUUCCAACGUUCUCUUACGGAUAUAGGACUCGAUUUAGCUUUUAAGGAGGUGAAAAAUCGUCCACUGCGUUUUCACGAAUCUUCACGUAAACGUUUGUCAAAACGGCACAGCAAUCUACGCGCGGGACAGAAUCAAAUGGUCGCUCAAUGCUACUUCGUCUCGCUACAUACAUAACGCAACUAAAAAUCUGAAACGCAAGAUCUGGAAAGACUUGAUUAAUCUUGCUUAUUUCUAUAAAUGUUCUUUACAUUUUUUGUAUCGCAUAAAUAUUCAGACAAAACUUGUUAAUUCUUUUCGAAAAAGUAGCAAACGAUACGAUGGGAAUAAUCUUAGGAGUUGAGCGACCAGCUGAUCUAGUUUGGACUGUAAUCAUCCUCGUCAUACAAUUUCCUAGAAGCGAUGCGUUGUUUGUACUUAUCGUUUGUAAUACCGCGUCCAGUAUCGAUAAGCGAAUACCUUAGUAUGGUUGCCACGUUUAUUAAUUCGAUCGCGACGCACAAAGUGCCAUCACGUACAAAACGUCGAAGAAUUUAUCUAAAAUGUAUACACGGUUGCGUGAAAGGUGUUACUAUACGAAUCGUGAAUUGCGACAUUGUUUAAUUGCCCAAAACUUUCGAGAAACAAACGUUCCACUCAAUUUUUCGCUCGCAUAAAACGAGAGAAACUUUUGUCCGAAUUAAGUGACACGUAAGUGUGAUCGAAGGUUCAUUCGUAUAAUUACUGUUACAUUAACGGUGAUUAAGUACUAUCGUUUGGUCGUCGCGUGAAUCGUAUAAGUGAACAGUACAACGUAAAUUUUGCGAUUAGGUCAUUGCAGCCUGUAGAUAAUUAAGCAUUCACGGAAGAUUCACCCCAGGAAUUCGAAAUAGGGUCAAAGGCUUAAUGACUCCAGUAAUAUUCGAAUGAACCUUUCUUUCGCGUACAGAGUCGCGUGCUUGUUGCAUGAGUUUAAAAUAUUCAACCCAAACUAGGGGUGUUCGAUCGAUUUUGAAUCAAUUUUCGAUCGAAGUGAUUACAAUCAAUGAUUAUAAUAUGUUUGAGAUAUUUUUAAAGAAAUUAACUCUAACUUCUAAUUCGAUAAAAGUGUUAAUUAAAUUGUUAGCUAACCCAGCGAAAGAUUCAGACUCGAUCGUACGUAAAACUCUGGGAAUUGCUAUAAUUAUCCCCUCGAGUGCUGUAUAUUCUUGGCCAAAGCAAUCCGCGUAGCGGUUGCGGUCGCUAGGGACAGAAUUAUUUUUUAAUUAAUUAUUUUGAAGCUAUUAAAUGCAAAACAUAUCUUAAAUAGAAAGUAACGAAUGUUUGAACUUAUUAAAUAUACCAAAAAGGUUGACACACGCAUUUAUGCGUCCAUAGUCCGCAACGAUAGCUUUCUCUGGGCGCAUAUAUGUGCCCAUAGCACUCGAAGGGUUACACAUCGCUAUUCUUACCGCCAAUCUUUGUAUCGAUACCGAAAAACCGUGCUCACAAACACCGACGAACAAAGAAAGGACAAAGGACGAGACACAGCGAAUAGAGAGAGUCUUGGGCGAAUCGAUGACGAAUUGUCAAAGUUGAUUGCGACAAGGAUCGAUCGAGACCGCGCUCGCGAAACGAAGGACAAGACGCGGAUAACGCGAUCGAACGAGACGUCGAUCGUCGAUCGGAUGAAUCGAUACGAGAUAAAAUAGAAUAAACCGCGCGAAAUUUAACGACAGACCGCUCAAAAAGCACAGAUAAUAAAAUAGGAGGUUUAAUACAAUUGUAGAUUGAAUUGCGUCAAUUAUUUAUACCUGUCACCCUUCGAGCUGGUUUGAAGGAUGUUGGUUUUAAAUCGCUGUUUAGAUUACGCAGUGUUUAACGAUAGGUGGCUUUCUUGUUGGUGCACGGGCAAAAAUGAUUGGUUAUCGUUACCAAUGGAUUUUCCAUCUAUGUCCCCAUUACGGUACUCAGAAUCGCUAGUGCUAAGGAUCGAGAAAUGCUAACUAUUUUUUGUCGAUAGCCUUACCAGCGUCCUUAGGGUCGUCCACUCGUUUGAUAAAAAAGCAAAAAUAUAA